CACACAUUCAACUUCAUCAAACAACUUUCAAAGCAUUCCCACUUUUGUGAGAAAAACCAAAAACUUUAUUGAAAAUGGUUGCCUCUCAGAAAUUGUGCCUUUUCUUCGUCGUCCUUGUCUUGGGCUUGCUGGUCCCUGGACCCUCCAUGACCGGAGUAGAAGCCAUGCACAUGGGAGGAGGGGGUGGUGGAAUGCGAGGAGUCGAAGCCCUCCUGGCAGCUGGAAUCCUCGCCAAGCUUCUUGGUCAUCAUCAUCACCAUGGACACCAUCACCACCAUCAUGGACAUCACCACCAUGGUUGAUCUAAUCCUGUAAAUAUUACUAAAUAAUAUGUACAAAUAAUUGCCUUCUGUAGUUCCUGUAAAUAAUCAAUGUAAAUACAUUUUCAAUAAGUUCAAAAUAAAUUUAUUGCU